CAGAGCUUACAAGCAAUUAAUUUUGAAGUGUUGUAUAAUAAUAGAUAUGCUUUUUUCAAUUCUUGUCUUUCUCUGCUACUUUAUUUAUAUUAGCCAAAGUGUGUUAGGACCAAUUACAUAUAAUCUUGCUGUGGAUUUUAAUGAACGCAGAGACGUGACGAAAGAUGUAAUAAAUUGUCAAAUGAUAGAACAAGGUUUUGAUAACUUGGGAUCUUUGGAUGAAAACUGCAUAAUUGAGGAUCUAAGAGACAAAACAGAUGUCGUGGUUAUCCUGCUUGAUGAAGUGGAAUUAAUUGACCCGACUUCACAACCAAGCAAUGACGAUGAUUUCGAAUCUUUCGACCCCAAUUACAUGCCUUCUACUGAAGAUGAAACAGUUACGGAAGGUACCAGAAACAAUUCUUUAUCUAAUUUUGUAAAUGUUUCGGGACUUGUACUCGCUCAAGGACAAUCGGCCCCGAGACCUUCAACGAUGAGAGUGACCGACCCAAAAAAAGUUGCCAAAAAGAAUGCGUGCAAAUUUUGCCACAAAAAAUACCAUAAACUAAAAAGGCACCUUGUUACUGUCCAUCGAAAGGAAGAGGAAGUGAUGCAUGCACUUUCGCUUCCAAUGGCUGCAAGUCACGUUAUUUUUGAAAGCCUACAAAAUCAAGGUCGCUGA